AUGACGGCGCGUUCACUGACCCUCUCCCCAUCACCCUACCAACUCCGGCCACCCACCCCCCUGCCACCAGACACCUGCUACACCACCACUACCGCCGGCUCCGUCCAGUUUGACACAAGGAUUGGUGGCCUGACCUUCACCGAGCAGUUCCUCAGCAUCAGCACGGCGCUGCCCAGCAAGAAUGUGUACGGCCUCGGGGAGAACGAACACGACUCCUUCCGACACGUGAUGGACGGGUCAGUGUGGCGGCUCUUCUCCCGAGACGAGGGACCCGUGCCACAGGCCGGAAAGCAAGUGAACCUGUAUGGGUGCAUCCGUUCUACCAGUGUGUGGAGAACGACGGGCGAGCCCACGGCGUGCUGCUCCUCAACAGCAACGCCAUGGUUCCUGCGUGUGAGAAGCAUCAGGUUAGUGAGGGAGCUCCAUUACCCUUGUUACGUCUUGGCCGGUGUUCUGAAAGGCGUCACUCUCACCACAGCUGUUUGCAAGGCUUCUCACAUCAGUAACCGGGUCCGCUAGAGGGAUUUUCCUGUGUUAGAGUGAAAACACCCUCAGAAAGUCGUGUAAGUGAUAGACAAGCAUUCA